CCAUAUUGAUUAUUUUGUUCGUCGCCUGCAAAGUGAGCUGCAGUUUUUUAUUGUAUUUCGUUUCUCAAUCUUCUUGAAACAACAACAAUGAACUGGGGUGGAGGUGGUAUGUAUUGAGUGUCUUCUAGAGGCAUUUUAUAAACUAUAUUGUAUAAUAAUACCUUCGUAUGAGUAGAAUAUGAGUAUAUGACCUCUGAAUUUGUUUCCGAUCUUGAUUUAUUAAUGCACCUUUCUCAAAUUCAUUAGUAAUUCAUGAGCAAUUCAGCCAAUGAUAAUCACUUAUUUGAUCACAAGAUGCCAUUUGGAUACUUGAUGAAAGUCACUAGUGUUUUCAUCAAAUAUCUUAAUUACGCAUGCAAAAUUACUUGAAUAGAAUUCCUAAUUACGUUAUGCUUGGUUAAGAAUUCCAUUCAAAUCAGCAAACGAAAAUAUUCUGUUACGUCUCGAUUCAUUUGAGAAGCCAUAUAAACAACUCGAGCUCGUGUCUCAACGGGAUAUCCAAACACUCGAAAACAAUGUAUGAAAACACUCGCGCUUCGCGCUCGUGUUUUCAUACAUUGUUUUCUCGUGUUUGGAUAUCCCGGUGAAACACUCGCUCUAGUUGUUCAUAUAUUACAUCAAUGUUUUCCCCCUGAGACAACCAGGUAUUUUGACAUUUUUAAAAUUUUGUUGUCAAAAUCCCCACUGUUGGGGAGGGAACGGCUGUCAAAAUUCUCCACUAUAUUCCUAAGAUAACAAGGCACACAUAUGUUUUCCAAUGGGAACAUACAGUACAGUCUAUACUGGUUUAAACUUGGUAAAAAUUGAGACACUGUGUAUAAAAUACCUUUUUCGAUGAAACUUGAUCUUGCUUCUCUGCCAUACUUGUUACCAGGCAUUUUAAUUAAUGUCAAAACCGCGCAAACUUUCAAUAUGGCGGAUGUCAAAUUCCCCUCACUGGUGCUUCAUAGUGUGGUCAAAGUCCCCUGGGUUGCCUGCACCCCCCCCCCCCCCUCGGGGGGAAAACAAUGAUAGGUGCAUAAAUAGUAGAUUACAAUAUUAAGACAUCAUUGACACAGAAUAAUCCGCGUUUUUACAAGCGAUUCGAUCGUCAUCAAUCACGCCAUCCUGGCUAGUACAACCGGCACUUUGUACCUACCAAAACCUGAUAAAAACUAGUACUAGCCAGGAUGGCGUGAACGAGUUAAAAUUUUCGUGGACGUAAAACAAUAAAGGAACCGACUCAAGCUACACUUCUGCUGUACCUUCUUAUUCUGUGUCACUGAUGACCAUUUUCUACCGACAGAUUAAACAGAUCCCCAAGCAGACCUUUCAAGUUGAUCACAUAUUCUGUAUAAUUAGAUGAGACCAGAUGGGGGCAUGAUCCCCAGAAAAUUUUGAAAUCUAUUGUAAACAAGACAAAAUAUAUUAAAUUGUACAUUUCAGCUGCACCAUCUAGCUAUAGUUUAUAGCGUAAUCAAUUUUUUGUCUUGGUAUAUGGCUAUAGAGCGUGAUGCAAACCAGACACAGUACUGUAGCACAGUGACUUGCUAUAAAUACCUUCCAAUUUAUUGCUGCCUCCCGCCAGGGAGGCAGCACACUAAACUUGCAGUGUCCAGUUUCCUCCCGCAAACUAUGUAAAGUGCUGGCAAAUUUUGAUUUGAUGUUUUUGAUGUGUGUUUGUUUGAUAGAGUGCUAAACCAUAAUAUUACUGUCAAGCGCCCUGAUUACUGUAAAAGUUAACGCCGGCACUCUACACCUCGUGGUUUCUUUUUUCUGCAAGUUUGAAGUAUCCGACAAGCCAACAUUUUCGGUAAGUAAAAAAGUUUUAUUUUGUUUUCCUACGGUUUAUAUAAUGCCGCUUUUUACCUGUGGAAGUGUUGUACACACCCAUCUUGUUUUAGGCCGGCGAACGGCAAAUUUCGCCAGUGCUAAGAACACAUUUGACAGCCAUUCGCAGGGGCUGUGUGUAAUUCGCCGGUACUUGCAGUCAUGACAAGCUGACAUUUUUAGCCCAGUCUUGCACUCAGACAAUAUACCAAUAGACAAAGCUUGCAAGCCAUUGCCCACCACUCAACUCCCAGUGCCCUUGAAGCUUUGACCUUCCAUUCUUUGCAUACUCGCUUCGCUCAUCAAUUAAUAGCCGGACGGCCUCAGUAGAGCAAAACAGUAUUGGCCAUACCCAAAUUAUUAUUAGCCAGGACUUCAAACGGAUACCUGAAGGGCUGUGUACAUGAUAGCUAUUAUCAUGUAUAUUUUACAACAUUAUAUAUUUAACAAUUAUUGAAUGAGGUUGAGCACGAUAUGAAGAAUUAUCAAGCCCGAAGUUUGCCGUUAUCAACCGAAGCCGAAGGCUGAGGUUGAUAACGGCAAACUGAGGGCUUGAUAAUUCUUCAUAUUGUGCGAAAACCGAAUUCAAUAAUUGUUUUAUUUUUUAUUUAAAAAAUUCAAAACAAACAUUUGUAUUUUAUUUGUAUUAAGAAAAAAACAAUUCCUUAGUCCUUCGGCAGCCGUCGUUGCGUCAUAUCAAUGGCGUCAGCGAGUCAAUAUGAUUCUCGUCGUCAUAGUAAUAUGGCGCAAACGCGUCCAAAUUUUUUUCAUAUUGACUCUUUGACGUCAUUUUGCUAAUAUGAAUGUGAAAAAUCCGUAUUUGGUUAGCCAUUGAGUUGAUAUGACAAUUUCACAGUUGGCUGUUAGCCAAUCAGAAACCAGGAAUUUUUUAAAUUAAUAUAAAUUAAUACUUUUUACCAUAUAUAUAUAUAUCGUAGUUUAGUUAUAUUAUAUUACUCUAAGUUAGUUAAAUAAUUUACCUAUGGGAUUUCAAUUGUUUUGCGCAUGGGAAGUUCUUUUAGCUCGGUCACGCAUGAACAAGCAAAUAUUUAGGUUACCACAAGUGCGUAACAGAUGGGAAUGGUUACCGCAAGAAGAUUGUAAAAAUCUUCCCAAGUAAUGACACUGCAAGUUAAAAAGUUCCUCUGGUUUUUUACUGCCGACCCUAUUAUUUUUUCAACGCGAUUGACUGUGCGACCCUAUUCUCCAGGUGGUUGCGGGCUGCUCAUACAGCGUGCCAAAAUGACGUUUGUUGUCACACUAAUUAUUGAACCAAAUUGCCUAAAUUCGUCCAUAGGAAAUACGCAUCUCUAGUUAAUAUUGAUGUCGGAACUUUACUGCAAAUCGCCCAGCAAAAAACCGCCAAAACCAUGAAAAAAAUAUUUAAAAAAAAAUUUAUUUCCGACCUACCGACUCUAAUUUUUUCACGAUAUGAAACCGGAACCACAGGUAUUUUUAUUUUACGCCUUACAUGAUUCAUAAGCCUCCGCGCCUUACAUGAUUCAUAGGCCUCAGUGCCUUACGUGAAUAUCAUUUUGGAAAGUUAUUAUAAAGAAGAUUGUUAAGGAACUGGAAGGAUUAUUACAAGUUAUACAAGUUAUGUACGAAAGAGUUAUUGAAGUUAAAAAGCGAAGUUACGUGAAGAAGACGAAGACAAAAGAGUUGUGCUCAGUCAGACAGAAAAGAGAUAAGUUGAACAGUAUUAAGAAUUACAUUAUAUAUAUUAAGGAAAGUUAUAGAGACGCUAAUUAUUGAGUAAUAUAUGAGACUACAAGUAAGAAAAUAAAUAUAUCAUUGAAAGUAAUUGGUUUCACAAUCUUUGUUGCGAGCAAAUUGAACCAAAAGCGCGGCCAAAUAAAAUAGUAAGGACCGGCUCGUAACAGUGUCCAUCAUUCCAUCAAGGUGAUGAACGUUUUAGUAACGAUUUUUGUUCGAAACAGUGCUUAUUUAUUAGUCUAAUAGCUCUGUUUGUUGAACAAACAAUUCCUGUGUGCGAGUGGAACUGUCAAACUGUCGAUAACAUUUUGUCACUUGGAUUAUCCCGAACACAGAACUUUUGUCAGUAACCAACUUACCAAGUGUACUUGGAUGUGGAAAAGGUUUUAGAUGUAUUUUGACAGCGUUAAGCACCAGUAAUAAUAGCAUAACUGCUAUUUUGCAAAAUACCAAUCUACCCAUGUUAAACAUGGACAGUUCUUGCAAGGUUUCAUUGCAAACAAUGAUGGAGUUGAGACUGUUGACACUCCUUAUGUUACACUUCAUUCAGCGUUGAUGGACACUUUUUCACAAUAUAAAUAUGCUAUAUUGAUAUUGCAAGGCUAUAUGAUAGGUAUUAUUUUUGGAAAAUACUCUAUCUUUUAUGUAUUUGACUCGCAUGGCAGAGACGAGCAUGGGAUGCCUAAUCCCCCUUGCAAUGGCAUAGCUAUUGUUAUGUCGUAUGAGAAUAUAUUGAUGAUUUAGAGUAUCAUUUGCACUCUUUGUCAUGUCUUUUAAAUCGAAAUGCAUUUGAUAUCACACCUGUUGAGUUUGUGCAAUUGAACCAUGCCUGUCGUGAUUAUAGCAUGAGUGAAAGUAAUUUGCUACUUGAAAAUGUUAUAGUAGAAACAGAAGCCCAACAGCUAAUUAAAAGGGCAAAAGCAAAAGAGUAUUUAAAUAAAUCUCGUUCAAAAGAAACUGUGGAACAAAAACAAGCUAGACUUAAAAAAGCAAAACAUACCGUUAGCAGAAAACGUUCAUUAGAAAAUGAUCUAGAAAGGCAAACUAUAGGUUUGAAAAUGCAAAGCUCUAUAUGAAUAGAAAACGCUCAUUGGAAACUGAUCUAGAAAGGCAAACUAGGCUUGAAAAGAAUAGGCAAAACAUGAAAAGGCGUCGUCAGAAUGCAGAAACACAAUCUAGACUUGAAGAGGAAAACCUGCCUGAAACUGUAGUAAAUGUAGUAAAUCAAGAACAAUAUCUGAAAGAAUUUGAUCAGCGAUGCCGGAAGUUGCUGAGGGCAAGGGGUGCAAUUGGUUAACAUGAGGGCAUAUUCCUUAAGAAAAGGGCACUAAUGAAAAUAAAAGCUGGGUAUCUAAAAAUUUUUUUUUGCGACCUCCGUUUUUGCGACCCCCUUUCAGUCAGUGUACCAAUUUAGGGGUAAAAAAUGCAAUUUUAAUGGGAAUUUUUCAUGCAAAAAAAGGGCACUUUGUGCACCUGUUGCACCCUUAUUCUGCACCCGCACUGCACCCACAAAGUUGAAAAUGCAAAAUGCAAGGGGUGCACUUGCACCCACUGCACCCGUGGUUCCGGCAUCCCUGAAUUUGAUGUUGUCAAAAAUGGUUGUCUUCAUAAACAAACCUGGGCUGAAGCUAAUGUAAAAAAAUUUGCCAAACGUACUCAGUAUUGUAUAUAUCAAUGCUGUGUUUGUAAAGAAGCAUGGCCAUUGAAAUCAAAACCUAAAUCCCCACAUGGUUACACCUGUUGUUUACGUUGCUCUAGAGAUAAGAAGUCUCCUAAAAAGUUUUCAGACCAAAAUUCAAUGAUUCCUUCAUGUGUUCCAUAGGAGUUAAAAAAUCUGACACAGGUUGAGGAUGAUGUUAAUUGCUCGUGCUUUGCCAAUUAUGCGAGUUUAUAUCAAACCAGGGGCCGGUUGUAUAAAAAAGUGAUUAAAGUUAAUCAUAGUUAAUCACUGAUUAAUGAGAGUUAAUCACUAUUUAACUACAAAAUAGUGAUUAAAUUAUUUUUAGAAAUGUGCUAAAAUUGGUCGAACAUCAAUAGACCCGUUCAGUAAUAUAUCCUUCCAUGAUUCGGAUUGCAAUUUGAGCCGACAUACAGUAGUUCCUGACCAAAACCCAUAAAAGAAAAAAAUUGAGUAUGUGUCAUAAAGAACCAUUACUAAAUUUAUUACCAAAAGACCGAACAUGCCAAAACAAUUUUAACUUCAGCAAUAUUAAUAGCAAACGUGACGUUGUCUAGAUUUCAUUGCGAACACACUUUUCACUUUUGCUUAGCGAAUUUAAAUCCUUUAAAUAAAGAAAAUCAGUCUUGGUACAAUUAGCUCAUCCACAAAUAUGCAAGCAGUAGUCAUUAAGGUGAAUCAGUCAUGCAUUAAAUUAUGAUAUCAUAAUUUAUUUUCCAAAAGCGUGUGCUAAUUUUGUUAAAAAUAUUUACUUUUCACUUUUGUUUCUCCCAAUGUCGUAUAAAUAAAGCAAAUAAGCAAAUUGCUUUUCCAACGUUGCUCUGAACAUCGUAACACUUUCGGAACACUGCAGACAUCGUCGAUAAUAUGGACAUCGUUCAUAUGGCGUUGAGGAGUGCCUAUGUGAAUGGAGGUUUGCCGUACAAGUAGACUUUGCCCUUAAUACAUGACUUCUGGCAGUUCUGCGACGAAUUAUAGUUUAAAGUAUAGAUAAUUCUUGAAAUAAUGAAAAAUUUUGAAAUAACGAUUUUUUUGCGGCAGCAUUUUAGAAAUGGGGCAGAGGACGGUAUUCUAUGACUUUAAUUCCCUCGGCCUUAAAGUUGAAUUUUUAUGAAUAAACUGUUCCCAACCCCAGACGCUUCUCUAACCCUAACCAUUUGAUUGAGAAUUAAAAGAAAGUCGGGAAAAAAAAGUUUUAAAAUUUGAGCAAAAUUUCUAAGUCCGACAAGAACAGUCGGACAUACUUUCGAAAAAGUCGAUCUGUACCUUGUUUAACUUUGCACGCACGCAAAUGCCUGUACUGGCUACGCUUAAUACGCUACCGACAAGCUUGUUGAAUACAUUCGAAAAAAUACAUUUUUAUAGCAGUAUAUGUUUUUAUAGUAAUGCUGUGGAGCAUGCACAAAACAAGUGCACCACAAGUGCAAAGACAUACUAUUUUUAAAUAAAUGCCAAGGCUUAUGAUUCCUAACAAACUGAUAGAGGUCAUUAGCCAAACACCAUUUGGACAUUGCAAUUUGACGAUGAUGUCUAAUAAGAGCUUAUAAGUUACAGUAAAUCACCCCAAAUUCUUUGGUGCUAUGAAAUAAGACACAGUCGGUAAAAACGUUUAUGUGAGUUACUUUAAAUUAUUCUAAAGCAUUCCUCAUGCAGGUACUGUAUUGUGGUGAAAUUAACAUGACACUUUAUGAUUUUAUAGAAAAUCAAUUUGGGGACCGUAAGGUAAGUUACGAUGCAAUUAUCCUACACUUCUAGGAAUAUAAGACAGUGUUAAAGCCUUAGCCGGUUCACACUAGCAAUUUUCUGGGCAAUUUUCGUCUCCUGAUGGAUGCGAAUGAAUGAACCCGCAGCCAAAUGUACGUAGUCGCUUUUUGGGAGUAUACAUUUCUUCUAUACUACGCAUUCCGUCACAUCCACCAGGAGAUAAAUUGCUUGUCUGAACUAACCUUGAACUGUGCUGGUGUAGGUAGUGAUUAUAAUAAGAAAGCUGCAGUGUGAAUACGCCCAGGCUUAAAGAAAUACAAAUCUUCAGAAUUUCAGCAUGUUUUCCUUCUUUUUAAUUUGUUCUCACUAUUUAAACAGAGUUUGGGUCGACUAAUGUACCCAUUUUAUUUUCUCUAUACUGGUAUAUGUUGCCAUUUCAUAGCAACAUCCCUUGUCAAGUCACAUUGUAAUUUGUUUUGCAUUGUAAGAAGUGCCAUAAAACAACUGAAAACAAAUGAGUAAAUAACAUAUGACCAAUUUUGUUUGGCUAACAGCACCGGUUCAAGUCAGUGAAAUUCGGCAUUCUGUAAAACCGCUCAUCACAAUAAAAUCCUGAAACGAGGGAUUAAUUAAAUUUUCUUGUAUAAACACAAACAAAUUCAUACUACAAAUCCAUGCUACCCUGGCAACAGUUCCCCCUAUUGGUCUUCUUGCCAGGGCUUUCAAAGUAAGCCAGCGGCUGCCGAAACUCGAGUACAAUUUUGUAUACUAGUUUUCUUAUAAAAUUCCUGUAUAAAAAUAAAUGUGUUUGAAAUCCUUAAUUUAAACGAUGUAAACUUAGAUGGAAUUCCAGCAGUGAACAGUGAACUUGAUGUUUCUAGAUCAACGUUUCAUGUUUCAUUGUUACAAAUAUAUUGUUAUUCCAGGGUCAGGGUGAGAGGCAAAUGUUUGUACAUUGUCUGAAGGGAUUUAAGGAAAACAGAAAGGGGUAACGGUACAUCUCUGAGGUGCGGUAGGAAGUGAACACGAUCAUACUGGUCUGAAAGUCCUGGCGUACGCCAAGCUAAUUUCAUUGUCUGUCCGUACGCCUAUUUUUUAAGCCCAGGUAUAUCCAUCUUGCUUCUAACCAUUGACAAAGAAGGAUAAGCGGAUGCAUGUGAAACCUCAUUCCCAGGCUCUUCCCUCUUGUUGGAGGAAAGACCCUAACAAGAGGGAAGAGCCUGGGAACGAGGUAGAUGCAUGUGCAGGUAGUGUGAUUAACCCAUUGACAGAGUAAGAUAAUAAAGUAGGGUGCACCAAGAUUUAUUUGCUUUUUCCAAUCCUCAUUCAUCCCAUUGAAACUAUACUGUAGCUAAGCUUAGCUUGUUCAGCUAAAUUAUCAAACACACAAAAUGUACAAACAUUCUUAUACAUAAUACAAAACUUAUUUCAUUAGUACAAUAUUCCUUCCUGCAUUGAGGACAGCAGCGUAUUGAUCACAGCUGCGUACUGUACUUUGAAAGAUCAUGAAGCCUUUCUUGCAGAAGUAAAAUUUGAAUACUGUGCUUGAAAUUGUUCUACUAACAGCUGUCAAAAUAUAGUGACAAGUGUGAAAAGUGAUUCUAAUAAAGCAUUGUAUUUUUUUGAUGUUACGAUAAAAGCAAAACAAUUUCCAGCCUACUUGGAAAUCCUAUAAACAUAAAAUGUAAAUCUCCCAAAAGACUGGAGAUUUUAACUCAUUAAGUUGCAUUGUGCCGUAAUGUGCCCAAUUUUAUUAUUUAACUCAGACACGAAGAAAUUUUACUCAUCAAAGGGAAAGUUUUGUGAAAGGGUUAAGAUUUCAGACCAACUGUCUAUAUACAUGCGUCUAUUUACAUUUAUACAGUAACGUUAAUAAUUCAAGCGCUUUCAUUGGUCGAAAGCCAUGAUCUAUUAGAGGACAGACGCACAGAAUUACGUCACACAAAACUUUGUUCUGUGCAGCCAAUCACAACAUAACAUGUGACUUAAGCUAGCCAGUAACAUUCCCUUACUUGUAUAGAUCAUGUACACUGUAUACAUGAUAUUUGUAAAAUUUGACUUUUUCAAAUUUCCAAAUGUUUGGGUGGAUAAAAAGUAUAAGCUAUUAAUUCAGGGUUUUUCUUUUUAUUAUAUAAAACAAAUAGAUAAGAUUUUGCCGUUGUCUCUUCAGUUAGAGAUACACAGUAUGAUGUCAUAAUGUGUAUCUAUAACUGAACAGACAGUGGCAAAAUCUUAUCUGUUUGUUAAUCUGAAUAUCUGAUUAUGACUGAAUCUUUUCAGAUGUCAUCCUUCAGCAGUCCUGGAGCAGGUGGUGGAUUUCUGGAUGGAACAUUUGGUGAAUCACCUGCAUCUCAACAACGCAUGAAGGUAAUGUGUAAACUUCAAUGGUGAUUCCUGCUAUAGACUAGCCCGCAUGCAGGCCCACUGAGGGAGGGCCUGCAAGGAAGACCGGGUAUUUUGUGUUUGUCGCGUUCGCACAUGAACGCAGCAUUCUGAUUGGCUGUUUGCUGUUGGAUUCUAUAAUUAGAUCAGUGAUUUAUCACAAAGGCUCUCGAUAAGCGUAAAAUUGGACCAGAUAACUUUUUUCGAUUAAAAAUGGAACAAGGACAGACUGUUUAUUGUGUACGUGAAGGAAGAGAUGUUUUUACCGUUAUGCCAACGGGGAUUGCUUGUCGUGUAGUGUUGGAAUAGCAACAUUAUCACUGGGGUAAACUAUAGUAACCUUUACUUGAGGUUCAUCAAUUUCAAACAGAUUUGAUACGUUUAUAUGUUCCUCAAGAAAAUUAUAUUUUGGUUGAUGUUGACUCUGUCCUUGCACUGAAGAAAACAGCGCUUUUCGUGGUGAACAUUUAGAGGCAGUUGCAUGUAAGCCUAUUCGAAACACUUUGCGAUUUGCAGGGCUUCGCUGAGAUGGCGAAACAGAAGACAGUAAUUGCCGUUUGAAACGAUCUGGACUCUGAACGCUCUCUUCUUUCGUCGAGUUCUUGAAAACCCCACAACAUUUUAAUGCGAGUUUGUUCACUAUUUGGGUUGCUGUCAUUGGUUCUUUUUUGACAAUUGACGCGCAAAUGGGGCGUGUUUAGAAAAGGGGCGUUUUACAAAACACCCGGUCUUCCUUGCAGGCCCACUAUUCCUCCCUCAGUAGACCUGCACGUGGGCUAAUUAUAGACUAAAUUUUGAUCUAGCCAAGAAGAACGAAAUCUAACACCACAGCCAGAAAGAGCAUCUUAUAAUGAGUAAAACUGCAAUGUUGUAAAAUGAAGAAAAUAAUUUUAGCCCUGUGAAGUUCGCAAAUUUUGUAUACUGUAUAAUUGUGUUACGCGCGGUAAAAAUAACCACUUUCGGCUCACUGAAUUUCGACAAUUGUUGAAACAUCAUAUUCGAUAGACACGGGAAACAGGUAUAAUUAGUAUUCAUGGAAAACAGGUAGCUAUAAUUGUUAUUGUUAUAUAGUUAGUGUCAAAGUUCAAUUUUUCUGUUUACCGAUUGGUCAAAAACCGUGUCACGUGCCGGUCCACAAAACGUCGUGUUCGGCAACCGGUCCGCAAUGAAACAUUUAUUGACCGGUCAAUAAUAAAAUCUCUCUUGGUCUCGGGUCCACAAAACACACUGUUUCCCUCGGUCUCAGUAAAUAAGUGAUAAAUGUAACAUAGGCUUGUACAAUUUUUAAACUUAUUAAUGUAGAUAACUUUUUUUGUAAACCUGAUGAAGCUAUACCGUGGUUAAAUAAAGAUUUGACUGACUAGUAUUAAAAUUAGUUCAAUAGACGUAAAAUUUAUUUUAAAUAGUACCUACACUGAAGAUUUUAACAUGUUUAAAUAAAUAUUCAAUGUUCAAUCUAAAAUUGUACUGUAGAUUACCAAUAUACUACUAACAGUUUUAUUUUUUAUGACCAUGCAUUUACAUUUUAGAAAGAAAAAAAAAGUACAGCUGUUGUCCCAAUCACUGUGGCGGGCAUACUUAAUGCAAAAUAUCAAUCUGAUGUAGACGCUUUUGUACUGAAUGAAGCUUCAAUGCACCAGGUAUUGUUUCUUGAUGUUCUUAACCCCCCGUUUAUCCAUUGAAAAUGUUUUUGUUGCUUUAGAUCCUGCUUCCAAACUUGUUUUUGUAAAAAUAGAAAAUACCAACUUAUUUUGUGUUAACUUAUUACCAACAACUUAUUAUUCUGUGUUGUUCUAUUAAUAAAAGCUUGAUUUUCUAAGGCUGAGAAACGCUAUUUCGUGCAUUCUUAAUCCUAACCCUAAUAGUUUAAAAAUAGUAACUCCCCCUAAAACUUGACUCAUAUGUAUCGAGCUUUCAAAUUAAUAUCUCGUCAAUUGAAUGUAAAUAUUGAAAAGCUAGCUGACCAUUAUCACAGAAUAAAGAUCAGUAACAGAAGGGCCACUCAGCGGUGCAACGUGUCCGCGUUUUUUUAUGCAAAAAUAUGCACUUUACUGGCCAGAAGGCGGAGCAGCCAGCCAGUACAGCGUGUUUAUUGGCCAGAAAAUGUCAUUGACUGGCUAGGAAAAUGGCUGCCAACAUGCGUAAUGCGACAUGCGCGAGGACAGAAACUUCAAAGCUUCCGACAUAAGUGGCCCUUCUAUAUGGAUCUUUAUUCUAUGCCAUUAUUAGCCAAUGUCCGAGCAUCAGCACAUUUGAUCGGACAUUUGUCGGACCCAAGCGAAAUGGGCAAUUCCAGCUAUAGACCAAAUUUUGAUCUAGGCAAGAAGAACAAAAUCCAUCACCACAGCUAGAAAGAGCAUGUUAAAAUGAGUAAAAUUGUAACGUUUGGUUGCGAAAUGUUGUAAAAUAAGGAAAAUAUAGCCCUACGAAAUUUGCAAAUUUUGUAUUAAUUAUUAUUACGCACGGGAAUUUGCACCACUUUCGGCCCAAAUGUGGUGCAUUUUCCCGUGCGUAAUACAAAUUAAUACAAAAUUCGCAAAUUUCGCAGAGCUAUAUUUUCCGCAUUUUACAACAUUUCGCGGCCAAACUUUGCGAUUUUACUAAUUUUAACAUGCUCUUUUCAGCUGUGGUGAUGGAUUUUGUACUUCUUGCCUUGAUCAAAAUUUAGUCUAUAGCUGGAAUUGCCCAUUGUUAUAAUCCACGCUGUUGUCUGGACGGUUGCACGAAGUUGUCAAGGCCUCAGGAUGAUUUACUUUCUCUAACAUUAUCGCUUUGUGUGUCCAGGUCACUUUCAUUGGUAUGGUGUUGUCAGUUACGGAGAAUCGAACACAUUUGUCGUUUGAAAUUGGUGAUUUGACUGGAGGAAUUGUCUCAGUCAAGCGUUGGCUUGAUCAAGAUGUAUGUACAUGAUGUUUGUGAUGUUACUCUGAGUGUGCAUCCACACCGGGCAAGCUGAAAAGUUUGCCUGACCACGGUGGGAAUCGAACCCGCGAUCUUUGGGAUAUACUAGUCCAAUGCUCUACCAACUGAGCUACGAGGUCAAGUCGGUUCAAGUUGGUGAUAUUUCGGAACUGAGUCUAGUUCUUCGAUAUCAAUGUAUUCUAAGAUAUGAUAUCUUAGAGUAUUAUAAGUAUAACCCAGUGGCACGAGGAAAUAUAAUGGCAUAAUUAAAAACACGGGAAAGCUCCGUAAAUGUUAACACUUUCCCCAACAAAGCUGCAAGGAAUGAGCUAAAUAACCCUGCCCAGGCGGUACAAUUGUGCACACAGAGCAAGGUAAUAGACAAUAAGACAAUGUAUAAGGCAACCAACACCGCGGAAAAACGUCUGCGCAUGCACCAAAUUAUGAAAAUAUGGCGGGGAAUUUGAAUAUCAAUUUCUAAAACAAAAACAUGCUUAUUAAUUGGUCAAAAAUUAGUAAAACAAACGAGAAAAUAUAGCAAAUGGGUAGACUAGACAUUAAUUGAAAGCGUCCUAGCAUUUAAAGUAUGGAAUGAAAUAUAAUUCAUGUAAAAAAAUGUUGAUUUUAACGGACACGACUUCGAAAAUUUUUGCAAAAUUAUUCAAAACAAAAAUUCAAACUAAAAAGUUAAGAAAACUCUCGAAAAGUUAAGCUUCUUAACCCACUCAAAUUGUAGAAUAAAUCCUAAAGCUUAAUUAUUGUGAACACGCAAAUUUUUUAUAUUUGGCGACACAGUUUUUUUUUUAAAGAAAUGUAUCUCAAACGAAAAUUCGGAAAUUGUCAUUGCUUAGUUGAUAAACAAAAUGUUUCAGACGAUAAAUUUGUCAACAAUCACCUUUAGUUCAUGUUCUUGUACAAUACAAUUUCUUGAACCUUCUGGUUGUAUUUAUUUCUAGUUUUUAGAAUGAUAUGUUUAUUUUUGCGCUUGAAAUCUGGCUGUAAAGACGCACAAUGAAGUCACUCCUUUUUACCGCCAUUUUGAGCCUUCGGAAACGUUCGGAACAGCUUCUCAUCAAGUUCGCAAUACUAUUACAGGUAAGGUUGACGCAUGCGCAGACGUUUUUCCGCGGUGUUAAGGCAAUGUGGCAUACGCUACAAUGAUAAUGUUGCAGGUCUAAGGCAAUGCUAUAGUGAUAGGGCAACACUGUAGAGACCAGAGACAAGGCUAUAGGCAUAAGGUACUGCUGUUGGGAUAAGGCACAGCAUCCCUAGCAAUCUGUAACCUUAAGUAAACAAUAAUUCCAAAUAUAAAUACUAAGCGAAUUGUUGGGUGAUAACAAAGGAGGCACAUGUCAAAGUUAAAUCGAUAUUAAUCGAUUGUCAUCGAUUCGAUUGUCAAUAACGACUAAUCGAUUAUGAAAAUGAACCGAUGGGAGCAACUCUAGAAGAGCUUAUGAAUAUUCCCACAGGAGAGGGAGGGGCGUGCUCGUGCAAAUAUCUAGCAGACAGCUGAGCACACAUGACAUCUAAUGUAAGUGCUCCCACCCUUAUAUAGGCAUGACGUCAACAACCCUAUAGCUGUCGCUGGGCCCCCCCAAUAACACUCUCAUUGCCAUCUGUUAACUAUCUGUAUUGCAUAAUUCCAUAUGUAAAUAGGUAAACAAAGCGAGCGGACCGUCCGUAGCCACCUCUGAGGCCUAUGAGGUUAACCGUCACCUAUAAUUUAGAAGUAUUUUUAUGCGAGUUAUUGUGCAGCUAUUUAGACAAUGUAUAACUUAUUCUUUUGUAGGAGAAUGCUGAAGAAUACGAACGAGCCAGGUUCAGGUAACUUGUUUCGUUCAUUAUAGUGAAACCUACCCAAGAACCAGUACUAUGAAGUGUGUUUCUGUCACUAUGGCUAAAGGUGCACCAAUGCAGGAUGCGAAAAUAAAAGAUUUUUAGUUGUACUUCCUUUCAUGGGCGGAUUUACUGGGGGGAGAGGGUUAAACCACCCAGAAUCUCUCUAACCCCUCUUAUAAAGUGUUCAACCCCACCAAAAUUUCGCUUCACCCCUGCCCGAAGCUCGCUCACACUGCCACUUGCACCCCACUAGAAAUUUGUCCACCCCUCCUUUUAAAGUAAAACGUACAAUAAGAUAGUCAUAAAGUAACCUGAAACUAAGAUUUAGAACAAGAAAGAGCACAAUUAAUAAGCAAUUAUUGGAUGAGGCUGAGCAUGAUAUCAAGAAUUAUUCAGACCGAGGUCAAUGUUAUCUGCCGAAGCGAAGCUGAGGCGGAUAACAUAGACCGAGGUCUGAAUAAUUCUUGAUAUCAUGCGAAAGCCGAAUCCAAUAAUUGUUUUAUUAUACAUUUAAAGACAUGAGAAACAUUAAAACGACAAAUUCCUGUUCACGAGGUAGGAAAAGUACAAUUUGAAUAUCAAACACCUUGCACAAAGUCAAAGGUCAGCUAAAUAUUCUAUUUCUACUUCUAUUUACCCCUUUUCGUGCUUUCACUGUCCUUAUCUGCCAAUAAUUUGGAGAGUUCACUUUCAAUCAGCGAAGCAAAUCUGCUGUAGGCCAUUGUUUGUUUUUUUUUUCGCGCGCUUAUAGGUUCAAGCUUUUGGCCGCGCAAGGGUUUGGGCACGAGAGAGUCCAAUAUUUUUUUUUUGGAUGCAAGUUCGAUCCAAAAAAACAAUUAUUGGACGCUGAUGACGUCAUCGGCGGAAAAUACGUAAUAAAUGCCGAAUACUGAAAAUUAGCCGGUGCUUUCUGACCAAUUAGAAACGAGAAUACAUAUUAAAUGUAUAAUAAAAGUAUAUAUAUAUCAACUAGUAAUUGUGAUAUUGUAUUGUUAUCACUUGCUUACAUCCUUGGAAUGUCGUAGCUUGACCCGUAAUCCCCUUCUUUUCGUGGGGACUUAACUCGAAUCGUGAAAUCGGCCUUUUGGUGAUCUAGUCAAACCUCUGGCGAAAAAGGCGUGUCGGGAGCGUAACUCGAAAUGGGCUUGACUGAAUGACUUAACUCGAAAAUUUCGUAACCCGUCACGGCCAGUUUUCGAUUCUGACCGGAAUAAAAAGAUGCUCAUGUGCACUCCAGAAUACCACCACUCGUUAUUAAUGAUCACAAUUAAAAUAGCUCGGUCGCAGGGGGCGAUAAUUCACGUACUUACGUACGUACCAGAGGUACGCCAAUAUUACGGUCUGGUACUUCUUUGUUUUUAGCCAAAUACCACGUAGGUACUGCGUACUUACUUUUUGCUGGCACCAUAUGACCUUUCCAAGCUCAAGGUAUUUAAUACCGUAAUUUAGUUGGUAUAUCAUAGUCUGAGAUGUCUUGGCAUAAAACAUGAUUGGACUGAUGGCGCUAAGAAAUAUUGGAGUCGAGUUUUUGUCUAUGCGUGCAAUAUUGUGCUUCUUGUUUUAACUCGUAGCAGAGUUCGUAAAAAACUUGAAAGUCCUUGAAUGUCCUUGAAUUUGAAAACAAAAAUUCAAGGGCAUGAAUAUUUAUUUAUUUAUUUAUUUAUUUAUUUAAUUUACCCAAACACAGGAAGGGCGCACCCACAGAGCCGAAGCUCCAAUAACGGGUUCCCCGCGUGAGUUGUAAAAUACAUAGAAAUAUUGUAUACAAAGAGUUAAACACUAAAUAGUGCAUCACAACAAAAAACAACAAAAAGUCAUCACAUAAUAUAAAGAAAGGGCACUAGCAGCACAAAGUGUCACUGAGUGAAUCCAAAGGACGGGCUUUGUGACAAUUGACACAGACAGUCUUGUAUGUGUGCGGCAAUUCUGGGUUAUAAACAUUAGAAGUUAACAAAAAAUAGUAAUUAAAUAGACAACGUUUAAACGAAGACAAUAAAGUUAAGUUUCUUAAAGAUAUUGGUAGAGUGUUCCACGUUCUGCAUGCUCUGAUAUAAAAACUGUUUUGAAAGGUUGCUGUUUUUGAUUUGGUAAUCUGAAGAAGGAGUCCUGAUGUAGAACUAGAGCGUCUGGUUAUACGAUUUGGUGAAUUUAGUUUAUGCUUGAAUUUGUAAAAAAGUACUUGAAAGUCCUUAAAUUCUUCUUGUUUUAGUUUAUGGAUAUUUUCUGAAAUUGUUUGACAUUCAAAACGGAGAUUUUGUUGAACUGAUUUUGCAUGUUCAUAUCGGACAAAGCUGUAAUUUUACUGAUUUCUAGCGCCUUCUCUUCAGUAUUUAGUCCUUGAAUUCGCUGAUACAUGACCUUGAAUGUUCUUAAAAAGUCCUUGAGUUUGACUCUUCCUGACAUUUUCAGCCCCUGUAUUUUAUAUACUUUAUUUUAAAGACUAAGUACACAUCGAGUAUUGAUUUUGUACUAGCGCAAGUACGGCAAUAAUCAUUGGCGUACCAGUCAGAUACGACUAAACAUCUUGAAUUAUCGCACCCUGUCGUGAUAACACUGAUCCUGUGUUUCUAUUUCUUUGCAUGUGGUCUUUGUAGUAUUGUUGAAAUUUGUUCGCGUUUUGCUCUAAUUUAACAUGUGAUUUUUAAAUGUAUUCACAUGCUUUCCUUCAGACCUGGUGAUACACCGUUGGCCUUUCCCCGCUCCCCCCCCCCCCCCUCAGUGUCGCAACACUGGCUUGUGUGCAAAUCCGGAAUCAUUUGCUAUGGUGUAAACGAGGUCUUAUUUUCAUCUUUUUUCAUUUUCUGUGCUAGGGAAGACACCUACGUUCGUGUGCUUGGUAAUAUUAAACGUCUUGAUGAUGACAAAAAACACGUUGUCGCUUUCGCUAUGCGCCACGUGACGGACUUUAAUGAAAUAACCUUUCACAUGUAUGAUGUUAUUCAUGCCGCGCUUUCCAUGCAAAAGGUACGUAAUUUAUCUAAGUAUAUGUGCAAUUCGCCAUAUUCAGAAAGUUCUACAUCAUGCCAGAGAAGAAGAAUAUGAUUAAUGCGCAAGAUAUUGUUCCAUCUGCGUGAACUAUAAAUAUUGGUAUAUCCACUUCAGAAAAGUUGUGUGCUAGACACCUACUACACGCGUAAAAAUCUCACAUUUUGUAGCAAGUCUGCCAACAAGUUGUCAACAAGUUGUGUUCGCACUGCUUGUCCCAAGUUGUCAACAAGUUUGGAACAAGCUGUUAACAAUUUGUAACAACCUUGUUGAUAUUAUCAGACUUGUUACAAGGUUGUUCCGACAAGUCCGAUACAGUCAUGAUAUAACAAUAUUGUUACAAGCUUGUGUCGUCAACCUUGUAACAUUCUUGUUCAUCACGACUGUGUCAGAAUUGUUAGAACAACCUUGUGACAAGUCUGAUAAAUUGAUAAUGCCAUCAAGCUUGUUACAAGUUGUUAACAGCUUGUUCCAAACUUGUUACAACAACUGGGAACAAGCAGUGCGAAGACAACUUGUGAACAGAUUUGUAACAACUUGUUUGCAGACUUGUAACAACUUGUGCGUUUUUACGUGUGUAUAUAGAGAAGUCCAGCACCACCCUAUCAAAAUCAAAUCUGCUCGACCAGAUAUUUUCUGCUUCGAAUAGCGAUUAGCGGAACUUCUUCUGUUAACGCGUGUCGAUUUCUUGAAACGAUUUAAGUGAUUUGUAAGUUUACGAGAAAAUACUCAGAAUGCUUUAGUUAAAUAUCUUGGUUAACUAAACAUGUCGAGGUUGUUAUACAGCCAUAUUUUCAAAUAUAGUGUACUUUAAUAUUGUGUCCGGUCACGCAAACGCGAUAAAAAGCCGAUAUAAACUUUAUAAACAAAAUAUAUUGUAGAACGUAACAGAAGUUCUGUUACAGAGCGGCGAACAUGCAGAUUCGGCCAUCUCAAAUAACGGUAAUGUUGGGAUAGUAGCGUUGCAGACUACAGAGGAGAGUGGACAGUAAGAUUCCCUCAUGCACCACCUAGUGCUGUGCAAACUCCGGUUUUUCAUGUCCGGCUCCGGCCGAAUUACAGCUCUGAGCUCCGGCUCCGGCCACAUCAUAAAAUAUUAAAUAAAUGUUUUACGAUCAGAGAACAUUUAUUAAUAUUAUUAUGAAUAACCCUUUUCGCGCUUCCUAAUUAUCAGAUAACAUAACUCAGGAAACAAACAGUGAAAACACGUAACCACGCAGAAAAUAUCUAUAUGGAAACCAGCCUCGAAAAAUCUUUGACACGAGGCAUGACGCUAACACUCUCAGACUCCACAGCGCAAUUGUUCGCACGCAAACAAAGUACUCUGUCAUUUCGUUAUCUACAAGGCAUGAAUACACAGACUACAGUAUGUAGCGCUAAGUCAGAUGGCUUCAUGAAAGCAUGACGUUUGUAAGUUGCGAUCGUAUUACAGCUUUUCGACGCUGUUCCUGUGGGCUGUGGCAGUUUGAGUCUGUGAUGAAUUCAUUAACAGCAACUGGCAGUUUGCAGUAACUAACAAUCGUUUGACAUUUGUCUCAUUUCAUAUUGUUUUCUUGUCAUUUUGCCGGAGCUGGGAAAACGUAACUCCGGCUCCAGGCUCCGGCAUACAAAAUUCGGCUCCGGCGUCGGAAAAACCGCCGGAGCUCCGGCAGAACUCCGGCUCCGCCAACUCCGGCGCACAGCACUAGCACCACCCGAUGGAAAACCUGCACUUUGCGGAUGAGCUUAGAUCCGCCCCUGCAAGAAAUCCUGGCUGAUUUCAUGCUGCAAUAUGUGUACCUGUCAUAUAAGAACCACUUCAGCCUGUCAACAAAAAUAGUGGUUCUUUUAUGCGGAGUUUUUAUGCCCAUGGACGUUGUUAUGCCAAAGUAAUAUCAGUCCAGAAUAUGCCUACCGUAUAUAAAUUUCCAUAUUUAUUUCUGUUGCAGCGUGUGCACGAGGAAGCCGUCACUCCUGACACCACCACCAAUUUUGGAAACAACAAUUCGUUCUCUGCUCAAAGAAAUCAAUUUGGGCCACAAAUUGGAAACAUGUCCCAAGCUCAGAAAAGGGUAUUAAACAAUUUCUAUGUUUUUAUAUAAUGAUCUAUCCUCAGACUAUUAAAUGUUUUAUUUAUACAACACUUCGAACUGUUUAACCUGGCAUUUACGAACCCCCCCAUGCAGUCCAUAAUUUCAAACAUGAUUUCAAGAUAUAUAGAAUAAGUGUUUGAUUGGCUGCAGUGCAUCAAAAUGACGCGUUCUUCGUCGGGAUAAUUGCAGUUGCAUGAAUCUGUUGAGAUUCUGUGUUGGCAUCUCACUCGAUUGAACAAUAUUUGAAGGGUCUGUAGAUGGAAAUUAUCGAGUGGAAAUUUAUAUACAUUUAUUAGACCUAACCAGGAACAGAAGCAUUUACUACAGGUCCCUGCAACUACAGGUCCGACAAAAUCUAGAUGUUUACCCUUAACCUAACAUGGCAGUUCCCCGGUAAAUACAGUAUUAGGCAUUCCGAAGUUGAUGAGAGGACUGGGGACGAAUGUUAAAAAGUGCCCAAGUUAAGAAAUGAACCAAAUCACUUAAAAGACCACUUCAAAAUUAGUAAGUAUACAAAGUUUGAAGACAUUUACAUGAACACUCUUCGAAUAAUAGACAGAUUUAGAAAAGACGACGCGACCUCAAAGACGACGUGAAAAUGACGUAUGCACCUCGCGUUUUCGAAGCAAAUUUUUGUUUUCUUGUUACCUGCUCAUUCCUGUAUUGUUUUCAAUCAGUUGUCAAGAUAUGUGCAAGAAAAGGCUAUAUACUACUGGCCAAGUGUUUCCUGAUGAAUUAGUAUGAACAUUCAAUAAGUUUUUUUUAGAAAAAGACGUAUAUUUCAGUAUUUUGAAAAGUGAACUUUGUUGCAUCAUUUGGAAUAAAUACAAUAGUUGCAGAUAUUGUUUACGAGCUAAAUGCUUUAGUCUGUAGCCUAUUUAAUCAAGUUUGUCAACUGUUUAGUAUAAAUAUGGCAUCAGUGCUUAUAUUGGUAAAAUUUAAUACUGUUUACGAUAGUUUUUCACGCUGGAAAGCGUUUUUUUACUUGUCCUACUUUUUCGCACUGUUGUGACAGAGCAACUAAAAUUGAUUGAGUUUUCACUGCUUUUAAGUGCUUUUAUUCUUCUAUCUUCCCAAGUUUUCCUGAUUUUAAACAGUUGUUAAUAUAAUUUCAGUUCAGUUUGUUCUAAAAUGUUUGUUUUGGUGAAGAAUACUAGCGGUAUUGAAGUGGUUUUUUACAAUGCUUGCAGUUUUGUUGAUUUGUUAUGGCGACCGAAAGUAUUUGUCAAAAAUGAACACGUUCAAAAUUUAGCGAAAUACAUGCAGAAAAACAACCUUGUCAAUGAAAACCUUUAACUAGAAUCAUUAAACCAUACAUGGGGAACAAAAUAAGAUGAUUUUUAUCAUGCAUACUUUCAUUUUUUUUUUCAAAAGAAGCAUAAAUCUGUGACGUUCUACAGAGGACGUGAAAAUUCUAUUUUCGCGUCGUGAAAUCGUCCAAGACAACGUGGCCACAGAAUAAGAAGGUACAGCAGAAGUGUAACUCAAGCAAGUAUUUGUCCGCGUUUUUACAAGCGAUUCGUCAUCAAUCACGCCAUCCUGGCUAGUACAACCGGCACUUUGUACCUACCAAAACCUGAUAAAAACUUCCGGCUGUACUAGCCAGGAUGGCGUGAGCGAGUUAAAAUUUUCGUGGACGUAAAACAAUAAAGGAACCGACUCAAGUUACACUUCUGCUGUACCUUCUUAUUCUGUGACGUGGCAAACCAGAAGCUGACGAUAGUUGGUGCCAAAUGACGCCAUCCACGUCGUCUUUGAGAUCGCGUCGUCUUUUCUAAAUAUGUCUAGUAAACUUUCGAAAAUCGCGAUAUUUACUGUAAAAUGUACUGUAAUUUUUGUUUUGGGGGGAGGCCAUCCCUAAAACAAUCUUUUAACCAGUAAUUUCACAGUUUUCGAAAGCUUAUUAUUCGAAGGGUAUUCAUGUAAUUUCAAACUUUGUAUAAUUACUAAUUUUGAGGUGGUCUUUUUAGUGAUUUGGUUAAUUUCUUAAUCUCGGCACUUUUUAACACUCGUGCCCAGUCCACUCAUCAACUUCGGAAUGGCUAAUAUAUUCAUGAACUUGUGGUUAGAGCUCGACGGACAGCUGCAGAUUGAUAGAUUUUGAUACAAAUACCUGGAAAACAUAAGGAGAACUUCGACGUUUCGAGCAAAGGCGGGAAAAUUAGUAGAGCAUCCUGCGAUUGUUUUCAUACGGAAUUGCAAUCACAGUUUAAUCACUUUUCAUCUCACUUUCCGCCAAGACAUUCUGUUUAACACGCGGGCUGUAUACCCGGAAAGUGUAAAGCAUUCAGGUAACUAGUGAUCACGCACGGAGGAGCACUGGAAGAAUGGAAGCCUUACAUUUUUGGGUUAUACAGCACGCGUAUUAAACUAAAUUCGUCUCCGGAAGAAAGUGCUAAUUCAACCAAAAUUAUGUCGAUAUUCCCUUAGCCAUAAGGCCAUAACCUUUUUUCGAAAGUUGUCCUUCUGACAGACAGGCGAACUAUCGCACACAAGCAAACCGAGAUGAAAAAUAACCUGGCAGCAGUGAAUGUCAGCUUUUUAUUUGUGAAUAAUUUUUAGGUUUACGAAAUGGUCAACCAAGCUAAGUCACAAGAAGGAAUAUACGUCGAUGAUCUAGUGAAAAGAUUGAACAUGCCUGAGCAAAGUGUACGGUAUGUGCCCUGUAUUUUAUUGUAGAAGGUCUUGGACAUAAGCUUAAAACACAAUUUUCUGGAAAAUGCAACAUGAGCUCCACCUUUGAAUUUACAUACAUAUAUACAUACAUACAUACAUACAUACAUACAUACAUACAUACAUACAUACAUACAUACAUACAUACAUACAAACAAACUUUAUUUAUUCACGCUAGCCUCAACAACAUUACAAGCUGAUUUUCAUGAGGGGCGUGAUUUAGAACUAUUUACAGGAUAAAACCAUUAGCAACAAGUGAAUAAUAGCACAGUUGUACUGCUUAGAGGUUAAUAUAUUUUGAUGAGCCAGAUUCAACAAAUUCUCUGAUUCAAAAUUGUUUUGAAAGAGCUUAACGAUUCUGAAUUGUUUGCCUCCUGGGGAAGAUUGUUCCACAGUGAGGCCCCAUUAUAGUUAAAGCACCUCUUGCCAAAUUCUUUCUUUGGCAUAGGAAGUGCUAAGUCAGUUUCUCUAUUACUGAGAUUGUAAGAAUUAUCUAUUUCGUUGUUUGAUCGAAACGAUUCUUUUAGAUUAGGUGCGGUGUGGCCAUUAAUUAUUUUAUACAUGAAAAUAGCUUUCAAGUAGUUGCGUCUUACUUCUAAGGGUUCCCACCUUAAGUUUUUAAGUAAAUUGUUCAACACGUCCGAAAUUAUCAAUAAAAUAAAUACACCUUUUCAAUAAUUACGUCAUGAAUACGUUCUUGGCCUGUGACCCUCAUUUUCAUUAAUCGUGAGCCAAUCGCCUUUCGUCUUGAUUCACGAGAGCGAGGCUCCCAGGCCGAGAACGUAUUCAUGACGUAAUUAUCGAAAGGUGUAUUCGCAACUCCACAUGAAACCAUUAGGGGCCGACCAUUUAACUUUUGAGGGGGGGGGGGUGAUUUUGAAAAAUAAUUUCCUGCAAGGCUAUUCUGAACAAAAAAAAUACCUGCACUAACAAACUGGGGAAAAAAAUAUCCUGCCCCAGUAUUUGGUGGGGAAAAAAAUGUUGCAAAACAGCAUGGUUGCAGGGAUCAAUUUGACCAGUCCGAGAAGAUCGGCUGGUUUGAUUUUCAGGGACUAGUGUAAGGUUAAUUUCUUGUUGGAAAGCUCAAAAUGCUGGAAAUAGCUUAUCUGAGCUUCAAAAAAUCCAAAAUUUUCUGGGGGGGGGGAAUCCCCCCAGACCCCUCUAGAGGCUAGCACCUUCGGUGGUCGACUCAGUUGUCUCAGAUUCCUAGUUAAGCAUGGUCUGAGCUGCUGCCCUAUGCCGUAUACUUAUUAGUUAAACCAUGCAUAUAUAUGCUGUAGGUAGCUGCAGUGAUAUAGACAGGGCUGUAGCGAGGGGGGUAUUGGGGGGUGGUUAACCCCCAACGUUUUUAGAAUCAACAUAUUCAGAAAAUCGGGUUGGCCAUUCGGAAAAUUACGGCAAUAAUAGUAGAACAAAAUUUUAGUUGUUAAACAGAGAAAAUAUUAUAAAAUUGUAUUGUCACUAUAAAUUGUAAGCAAAUUGUAAAUUUCGACAUACUAAAACGCUUUUUUCUGACCAUCAGCAUUCUGUCAAAACUUCCCCAAAGUCCAUGAAAUGGCAUUUCAGAGACUCGAAAUUUAGAAAUUUCCUCGGUCCUCCGGCCCUCGUUUUCUGCCCCCAAAAAACAAAAGCUCCCUACCACACUGCUUCUGUAAUACGUCUGUGCGUAAAAUAUGCGUAUUUUUGUUUGUAAAUUACGUCUUCAUUUUCCGAAUAGCAAACACCUUCGUGGCUUAGUAUGCCAUGAUAUAUUCGGAAAUUUUUUUCGUCAUUCGGAAAUUUUUGGCCUACCCCCCCCCCCCCCCCCAACUAUACAUGCUAGCUACGGUCCUGGAUACAGACUUGCCGACUGGAACUUCUCCAGAUCACCCGCUAAUUAUGUCCUCUCCAGUUACACAUCCUUAAAAAAGGCCCUAAACCAAAUGUUAUACCUCAUAGCAAUAUGUAUUAUUAAGAGC